CCUGCGCGGACGGAUACGGGCGUGAUGCGUCCGCCUUUUAAGGCGGCCGGCGGAGCGCUCAGCUGUGAGUGUCCCGCCGCUGAUGACAGGCUGCGCGUCGUGUCGUCCCGCUCCCAGAGCCGCUGCAGCCCCUUUCCUGCUCCCGCACGCGCGCAUGCCGCGAGACCCACGCAACGCGAGACGCCUCCGUGGAAGGAUUUAAUGUCCCCCGCGCGCUGGAAUAACUUUGCUGCCCCCUUUCCCUUAUUUUUCUUGCUGCGCCUUUCCGUCGCGUCUUGGCUCGUCCGCGGUUUGAAAUCCUGAAGAAAGGAGCCCCCCCCCCCCCCCCCACCCCCCCCCACCGGAGCCGCCAUCAUGCCGCUGAACGCCGGUCCGGCGAGUAAAAACUACGACUACGACUACGACUCCCUCCAGCCCUAUUUUUACUACGACAACGAGGAGGAGGACUUCUACCCGCAGCAGCUGCAGCCUCCGGCGCCCAGCGAGGACAUCUGGAAGAAAUUCGAGCUGCUGCCCACCCCGCCCCUCUCGCCCAGCCGCCGGCCGUCCCUGUCCAGCCUCUUCCCCUCCACGGCCGACCAGCUGGAGAUGGUGACGGAGUUCCUGGGCGACGACGUGGUCAACCAGAGCAUCAUCUGCGACGCGGACUACUCGCAGACGCUGGUCAAGUCCAUCGUCAUCCAGGACUGCAUGUGGAGCGGCUUUUCCGCCGCCGCCAAGCUGAAAAAGGUGGUCUCGGAGCGGCUGGCCUCGCUGCACGCCGCCCGGAAGGAGGCGGCGGCGGUGGUGACCGGCGGGGACUUCCCGGAGCCCGCCGGGCUCAGCAGCAGCAGCAGCAGCUACCUGCACGACCUCAACACGUCCGCGUCCGAGUGCAUCGACCCCUCGGUGGUCUUCCCCUACCCGGUCCCGGAGACCCCCCGGCGGCAGCAACAGCAACCGGGGACCCCCCCCCCUAAGGACCUGGGGCUGGACACGCCGCCCAACAGCGGCAGCAGCAGCAGCUGCAGCGACUCAGAAGACGACGACGAAGACGACGAGGAGGAGGAGGAGGAAGACGAGGAGGAGGACCAGGAGGAGGAGGAGGAGGAGAUCGACGUGGUGACGGUGGAGAAGCGUGCGGCGGUGCGCCGGUGCGAGUCCGGCCCGGCGGAGAGCCGCCACCCGAGCCCGCUGGUGCUCAAGAGGUGCCACGUCUCCACCCACCAGCACAACUACGCCGCCCACCCCUCCACCCGCCACGAGCCGCCCGCCGCCAAGAGGCUGAAGCUGGAGGGAGCAGGAGGAGGAGGAGGAGGAGGAGGGGGCGUGGCCGGGGGAGGAGGAGGGAGCAGCCACAGCCGAGUCCUCAAACAGAUCAGCAGCAACCGCAAGUGCUGGAGCCCGCGGACGUCGGACACGGAGGACUACGACAAGAGACGGACUCACAACGUGCUGGAGCGCCAGCGGAGGAACGAGCUGAAGCUCAGCUUCUUCGCGCUGCGCGACGAGAUCCCCGAGGUGGCCAACAACGAGAAGGCGGCCAAGGUGGUGAUCCUGAAGAAGGCGGCCGAGUGCAUCUACAGCAUGCAGUCGGACGAGCAGAGACUCCUGUCCCUCAAAGAGCAGCUGAGGAGGAAAAGCGAGCUUUUAAAGCAGAGACUGGCGCGGCUGCAGGGCUCCCGGCCUAAAGUUUAAAACGGGGACUCGUCUGCCUUUUUUUGUUGUUUUUUUUU